GACUCAAUUACUGGAAUUGUCAACUCUGCCAAUUUAUGUGCACGUUUCUCUUCCACUAUGAGCAGACCGACUGUAUCACACAUUUGUCUGGCUUUCUAUAGUCUUCUAGUUCUCAAUUUUGCCACACAAUGUCUGGCCUUUCCCAAAGUGGAAAGGAGAGGGGUAGAACAUGUUCAUGUAGAAGAAGGGCAGUCGGAGAGGAUGAGCACAGAUGACCUAGAAAGCAGCUCUGCUACUUCAAAGUGGACACCCCAACGGGUAGUCUCAGAAGAUCCAAUGCUAGUGUCAGCAGGACCAUCAGCCACGUCAUUAAAUAAAGUGUUCUCGAUCAACAAAGAAACACAUCUUCUAGAAGUUGGAUUCAUACCAUCUAAUAGCCCCAGUGUUUACACAGCCACUGAGCCAGUGGUCUUAGCAGGUGAAAAAGUAUUCAGUUCUAGCCAACAAGAGGGAGUGUCUCCUGAAAGCAGACUUUCCAAAGCCAUAUUAACUGUUUCAACAGUGUCUCUAAAUAUUGAUGGAAAAGGGGAACCUUUAAGCAGUACCCAUGUUCAGCCCAUGGUAGAAAGGACCACAGAUGCCACACAAGGUUUUCCAAAGUAUGGGGAUGAUCAACUGUUUGCAACAGAAAGUCAGGAAGGAGUUCGUUUGGGACAGUCAUCUUCAUCCCAUGUGAAUACUAAGGAAAUGCUAACCACUAAUCUGAGGCCUGAGGAAUCUGAAGCAGACACAGGCCAUCGGACAACUUUGUUUCCUGGUGCGAAGGCCACAGCAGACACUGAGCCUGCAAGCCUCUUGCCUGGUUGGGAGAAACCUUCACAGAUGACAGCUGAUAAUACCCAGGUUACUGCUGCGAAGCACUCACUCACCACUUCCGAGUACCUCCUAAGUGUUGAGCCAGAAACUGACAGCAUGUUGGGAGCCCCAGAAAUCACAGAGAGUGUGAGCACAGCUGUUCCAGCCGCUUCUAUCUUCAGUGAUGAGUGGGAUGACACCAAAGUAGAGAGUGUAAGCCAGAUAAGGAACCCAAAGCUGGGAGAUAGUGCAGAAACACAGGUGAGAGUGGAAACAUCUCGGACAGCACCAGCAAGCCAUGAUGGUAUGGAAGGGGGCCAACCUUUGACAGAGGCUGCAGAGGUGGCUGUGGGGCUGCCUGAAGAAAAAAUACACGUGGGGACACCCCUGCCUAUAUUGCAGGGGGAGGAGCAAUCACCUGCCUUCACCCAUCAAAGUUCCUUUGGUCCAACAAGUCUGAUGGAAGAUUCGAACGUUUCCGUUGUGAACCUGUUUCAAAGUGCAGGAGGUGUCACGGAAUCCACAAAGGAAAACGAUGCCAUAUUUUUCUUAGAGACUACUGUUUCUGUCUCAGAAUAUGAGUCGGAGGCGUAUCGACUGUUGGGAAAUACAUUGAAAGACAUUAUCACUCAAGAGAUGACAACCGCUGUUCAAGAACCAGAAGCCACUUUGUCUUUGGUCACUACCUUGGAGGUUACCAGAGACAACACUCAGACUGAGAAAGAAACGGAGGUGCUCUCUCCUGUGUCUGAAGCUCAUGGUGUUACUCAGCUGUCCAGAAGAUGGGAGACUCUGGCCACUACAGUUUCUACGACAGCCAUGCCAUUGUCUUUGGAAGUUACUCCUGCAAUGGAAGACCUAACGGAUACAAUCACAGGUCCAGAUGAAGAGUUCACAUCAGUUUGGGGCUCUCCGGUGACACCCCCUGGAAUAAUGGCGGAGGCGCCCAGCAGUUCUCCAGCACUUCUUGUUUCUGAGACACCAUCUGAGAGAACUGUUGUUCCAUCCAUCACUCGCGUUAAUACAGCUGCCACAUAUGGCCUGGACCAACCCGAAUCUGAAGAGGGAGAAGAUGAUGAAGAUGAAGAGGAUGAAGAAGAUGAAGAUGAAGAAGAGGAAGAUGAGGAAGAAGAUGAAGAAGACAAAGAUGCAGAUUCCCUGGAUGAGAGCUUGGAUGGUGACACUGAGCUGCCAGCAUUUACUGUCCCUGGAGUCACAUCCCAGGAGCCUGGUCUUGAGCAGGGAAGCCUGGACCCAUUGGACGGAGUCACCUACCAAGUGCCUGACCCCAUUGAGUGGGAACAGGAGAAUCAAGGCCUGGUGAGAAGCUGGAUGGAAAAACUGAAAGACAAGGCUGGAUACAUGUCUGGGAUGCUGGUGCCUGUAGGGGUUGGGAUAGCUGGAGCCUUGUUCAUCUUGGGAGCGCUCUACAGCAUUAAGGUUAUGAAUCGCAGAAGGAGAAAUGGCUUCAAAAGGCAUAAAAGAAAGCAGAGAGAAUUCAACAGUAUGCAAGAUCGAGUCAUGCUCUUAGCUGACAGCUCUGAAGAUGAAUUUUGAGUUGGACUGAGGGAUUUAAUUGGGGUAUUCAAUGAUGUUAUUAUUUUAUUUUUUAUUUUGGGGCAAAAAAGAAAAAUGAACAACAUCCUGCUACAUUGCUGCUAACAGACCAUCAGUCCUAGUUUCUGCUUGGUAGGUAGAUUAUUUUUUGUACUGAGCAGAAAAGGCAUGCUGUAUACUAAAUGUAACAUGCAAUGUUUGGUUUUAUUUUGUAGUGAAGUUCUCACAGCCAUGGGCUACAAUACAUAAAUAUGCAGCAUUCAUGUUGUUCAGUAGGAGUUCCUAGGUUAGGUAGAGUAAAAUAUUUGUGUUUUUUCCACAGUGUCUUUUCCUUGGUUUGAAUUACCUGUAUUAAGUAUAAUGAUUGUUGCCACCAAGGUAUGCUCGACUUUGAAAUAGAAAUCAUAACAAAGCAUAACUUUCCAUGAUUGUACUCUACCUACUUGAAACUACAGGCUUGUGCAAGGCCAUAGUACACACUGCAUUUGUAUCAAGACUAGCAGGAACUUGGACUGCAAUCUUUUUCAUCAAGAUCUCUAAUUCUAUGUAGAUUUGUUUGUAUCUUGUAUUAUGUACUUCAGUAUCCUAGUUUUAUUUUUCACCUCUCGUCUUAGUCUCAUUCUAGCAAAGAAGAAAACACACCAGAAAUAAUACAUUAAAAUGACUCUUAAUCUUU